CAAUUGCAACAUUUGCAUAAUAUUAUUCAAUAGGUUGAAUAAUGCAGCACGUAACUGUGAACAUAUUUAUUUAGUUUUUGUAUUCAUGAUGUCAGGUGAGGAUCCCCUUCCUUUUGAAUACCGGAAAUAGAAUUUCUGUUAUGCGUCUGGCGCGCUGAGGACUUUCACGCAUGGCGUCUGCACACCAGAACCGUCACACAACUUACUAUUUCAGGAUGGGAAUGCUCCGCCGACCCCCUCGGCUUCCAGUCCGCACACCUGCUCGUCUCCGUCUGCUUCUCUCUGACAGACUCGACCCAAAGCUGCUCCUCGUCUUCUCUGCUCAGUUCCGUUCUUGCGUUCCACUCCAGUCUGUGGCCGGAGAAGUCAUCCAACUCUCCCUCGGACUACCUGCCUGUGUGCUCCAAAGACUUCCCUUUAGACCUUUUAGACCCACUUCCACUGUUGACCGACAUGGCGGAGGCUGUGCGCCCCGAGGACUACUGCGACGAGGCGGUGGAGGACGAGUUCGGCGAAAUCAUCAAGUGUCGAUCAGAUGAAAGAGAAGAUGUGCAAAAGAAGACUUUCACAAAAUGGGUCAACUCGCAGUUGUCUAAGACAGGAAAGCCACCUGUGGAGGAUCUCUUCUCAGACCUGUGUGAUGGACGACGCUUGUUGGAACUGUUGCAGGGUCUAGCAGGGCAUGAGCUGGUGAGGUUGGAAAAGGGCAGCUCACGUGUCCACUCGCUCAACAAUGUUAACCGAGCUCUGCAGAUCUUGCAGAAAAACAAGGUGGAGUUGGUGAACAUCGGCGCAACAGACAUCGUUGAUGGCAACCACAAACUAAUUCUUGGGCUCAUCUGGAGCAUCAUUCUCCACUGGCAGGUAAAGGAUGUGAUGAAGGAGGUGAUGGCUGGCCUAAAGCAGACCAACAGUGAGAAGAUUCUGCUGAGUUGGGUUCGUCAGAACACAAGCCAGUACCCACAGGUCAACGUGGUCAACUUCUCCAGUAGCUGGAAUGAUGGGCUGGCGUUCAAUGCCCUCAUCCACAGCCACAGACCGGAACUGUUCGACUGGAGCUCUGUAGAAGCCAAAGCGUCAGUGAUUGACAGACUGGAACAUGCCUUCAGUACAGCAGAACGACACCUGGGCAUCGACAGAUUGCUGGACCCCGAAGACGUGGCAGUGCCUCAUCCCGACAAGAAGAGUGUCAUCAUGUACGUGACGUCGCUCUUCCAGGUGCUGCCACAGAGCGUUACCAUGGAGGCCAUCCAGGAAGUUGAGACGCUUCCACGGGCCGGUAGUGCCACCAACGCCCCCCGCGUGCUGACUGAGGAACAUUAUCAGAUCCAGACCAAACAGCGCUUCUCCCAGCAGAUCACAUUGAGCGUGGCUCAGGGCCGAGUACAGAGUCCCUCCCCUCAGCCUCGCUAUAAAAGCUGCGCCUACACCCAGGCGGCCUAUGUCAAGUCGCCUGAGCAAAAGAGGAGACGCUUUACUGAGCAGUUCCUGAGUCCCAGUCAAGAGGAGCUGCAGCGAGGCCUCAGUCCUCUACCUCCCGGCUCCACCACUCUGGAGGCUUAUCAAAUGGCCCUGGAGGAAGUGCUGACAUGGCUUCUGUCGGCUGAAGAUGGGCUCCAGUCUCAGCCUCCCGUCUCUGACCUUGUUGAGGAAGUAAAGGAGCAGUUUCACACACAUGAGGGCUACAUGGUGGAGCUCACCACACACCAGGGCAGCGUCGGACGCGUCCUACGGGCCGGUGCCGCCUUACUGGCUGAAGGGAACCUGAGCGAGGAGGAGGACACAGAAGUGAGGGAGCAGAUGAACCUACUGAACUCUCGGUGGGAGCACCUUAGGGUGGCCAGCAUGGAGAGACAGAACAGACUCCAUCAAGUCCUGAUGGACCUGCAGCACAAGCAGCUGCAACAGCUCACAGACUGGCUGGACAAGACAGAAGCACGGGUCAAGAAGAUGGAGGCUCAGCCGCUCGGUCCUGACUUGGAGGACGUCAAACACCAAGUGGAAGAGCACAAGCUCCUGCAGGAGGACUUGGAGCAGGAGCAGGUCCGGGUUAACUCGCUCACCCACAUGGUGGUGGUGGUGGACGAGACCAGCGGGGACAGCGCCACCGCCGUCUUGGAGAGUAAACUUCAGGUUCUGGGCGACCGCUGGGCAGCCAUUUGUAGAUGGACAGAAGAACGCUGGAUUCUGCUGCAGGAGAUUUUAUUGAAAUGGCAGCACUUCACCAAUGAACAAUGUUUAUUUGACUCGUGGCUUACGCAGAAGGAAGAGUUGGUUCGCUCCAUCAAGACCCCCAAUGUAAAGGACCACACCUCCACAGUGGCCUGCCUCCGACAUCUGGCUACUGUAAAAACAGACCUGGACCUGAAGCGCCCCACCAUGGACAAGCUCUGCUCCAUGAGUCAGGACCUGCUGUCCAGCGUCAAGAACAAGGAGGUGGCCAGCAAAGUGGAGGCCAGACUGGAAAGCUUUGCUCAACGUUGGGAGCGACUAGCUCAGAGUCUUGAUGUGAUCAGCUCCCAGCUCUCGCCGGCCGUUGGUGCGGCGGCCCUGCAGUCCGAGCUGACCCACUCCGUCAUGUCGACUGUCACCAAGGUGACAACGAGGGAAAAGGUUACGGCAUUGCGCCAAGCAAGAGAAUCGCCGCCGCCACAGAAGAAGAGGCAGGUGGUGGUCGAUUCGGAACUCAGAAAAAGUUGCAUGCACCCGUUUCUGCUGACUUUUCUCAGCAGGUUUGACGUGGACUUCACAGAGGUCCACAGCUACAUGACUCGAGGCGAGGCCAUCCUGCAGAGUCCUGAGUUCUCUGUGUCUCGCAAAGAAGGCAGCAUUCAAGAUCUGUAUGACAAAGUGCAGCUGAUAGAACGAGAACGUCCAGAGAAGUACCGAAAGCUCCAAGAAGCGACGCGCACCGCUCAGACACUGGUUGAGCAAGAGGGAACUCGGGCUGAGGACAUUGCUCAGGCAGCCGAGCAGUUAAACCAGCGCUGGGUGGGCUUCUGUGCACUUUUGGCAGACAGGCUUGUAUGGUUGGCCUACCAGACCAAGGUGUUGGCAUUCUACAACUUGUACGAGCAGUGCGUGCAGUCAGUGGACACCAGUGAAAACUGGCUCAAGAUUCAACUGCCACCAUCAUUAGAAGCUGAGACGCUCAAGGUGCAGCUGGACCGAUGCAGAGAGGAGGUAGCCCACCUGGCUUCCCUGCAACCACAAGUGGAGCUACUAGAUGUACGUUUGAAAGAGCUAAAAGAGGAGAAAGAUGCCGAGGAGGACCCGUCAGCAUUCCUGGACGCCGACAUCAAUGCGUUUAAGGAGCACUACCACAAAGUUCUGGAGGACCUUAGAGCAAGAGAGCGGCAUCUACAACUGAUUUUGGAAAGCUUGCCCCCAGCUCGUUAUAAGGAAACGACAUUGACGCUGUUGGCGUGGUUGCAGCAGUGCGAGGCCAAACUGGCUAUUCCAUCCACUGCAGUUACAGAGUAUCCUAUCAUGGAGCAGCGACUAAAGGACAUCCAGGCACUCCAGGUGGCGCUGACCAGUCACCAAGGAGAGGUAGACUACCUGACAUCAACUGUGGAGCAGGUCUUCCAGAAAGCUCCACCUGAAAUUUGCCAGAAGUAUCGCACUGAGAUGGACAGCAUCAUGUCACGCUGGAGGCGACUCAGCACAACUCUGACGGACAAUGCAAAGACCAUUAAGGAGCUCAUGGCUAAACUCAUGCAAUUUGAGAAUGACGUGAAGACGCUGAAGAAGUGGAUGGCGGACGUGGACAUCUUCCUGAAUGAGGAAUGGCCAGCGCUGGGAGACUCGGAAGCGCUUGAGAAGCAACUGGAACAAUGCACGGCCCUGGUGAACGACAUCCACACCAUCCAGCCCAGCGUCAACGGAAUCAACGAAGUGGGCCUGCAGCUAAAGAAGGAGGCGGAGCCACCUUUCGCCAUCCACAUUCAGAAGGAGCUGGAUGAACUGAACGCCCAAUGGGAGAAUGUUUGCAAACAGGCUUAUGCUAAGAAGUCAGCUCUGAAAGGCGGCCUGGAUAAGACCAUGGCUCUGAGGAAGGAAAUGCAGGAGAUGCAAGAGUGGAUAAACCAGGCUGAGGAAGACUACUUGGAGAGAGAUUUCACUUACAAGACACCCGAAGAGCUACGCAAAGCAGUGGAGGAACUUAAGAGGGCUCAGGAAGAGGUUAACUCCAAAGAGCUCAAGGUGAAACUUCUGACUGACAGCGUGAAUAGUUUUAUCGCCAAGGCGCCUCCCACGGCACAUGACGCACUGCGUUCAGAGCUGGAUGUGCUGAAGGCUAACUACCAGCGCCUGUGCAGCCGCCUGGAUGGAAAAUGCAAAACUCUGGAGGAGGUUUGGGCGUGCUGGUGUGAGUUGCUGUCCUACCUGGAGCAGGAGAAUGCCUUCCUGGACCAGGUGGAGCAGAAGCUUGACGAAACUGAGAACCUCCAAGGAGGGGCAGAGAAGCUGAAGUCGGCGUUGGAUGGUUUAGAGGCUCUCCUGCGACAUCCCGAGGACAACAGGAACCACAUUCGAGAGCUUGCUCAGACUCUGAUGGACGGAGGCGUUUUGGAUGAGCUGAUUCAGCAGAAACUUGAUGCCUUCAACACGCGAUGGGACGAGCUCAUGGCGAGGGUGUCACUCAGGCAGAAAGAGCUGGCCAAGAGCCUCCAGUGGGCCCAGGAGAAUGACAAGACCCUCAGGAGUAUCCAGGAGUCGCUGGCCAACACUGAUCGCCACCUGACGGCGUACUUGGCCGACCACAUUGAUGCCCAGCAGAUACCACAGGAGGCUCAGAAGAUCCAGUCAGACCUGAGCAGCUAUGAUGCAACCUUGGAGGAAAUAAAGAGGAAGAAUCAGGAGAAGGUUCCGUCCCAGAGGAUGAUUGGACAGAUAGACUUCACGCAGAAAAUGCUGGCAGACGUGUGGACCAAGUUCCGGCUCUUCCAGAAACCAGCUAACUUUGAGGAGAGGCUGGCUGAAUGCGAACGUAUGCUAGCUGAGGUCAAAACUCAGGUGGGGGUGCUGGACAUCCGCAGCGUGGAGCAGGACGUGGUGCAGUCUCAGCUGGAGCAGUGCAUGAAGCUGUACAAGGUGCUGAGUGAGGUCAAAGGUGAGGUGGAGACUGUGAUCAAGACCGGCAGGCAGAUCGUGCAAAGACAACAGACGGAGCAUCCCAAAGAGCUGGACGACCGUGUAACGGCGCUCAAACUGCUGUACAACCAGCUAGGAGCGCAGAUAACUGAGAGCAAAUUGGAGCUUGAGAAAAGUUUGAAGUUGUCCAGGAAGCUUCGCAAGGAGCUCAACGGGCUGACCGAGUGGCUCGCCGCCACUGAUGCCGAGCUGACCAGGCGCUCCGCUGUCGACGGGAUGCCCAGUGACCUAGAGGCCGAGGUGGCGUGGGCGCAGUCCAUCCACGGCGAGACAGAGCGGCGUCAGCCCCAGCUGCAGGCCGUGGUGGAGCUGGCCGAGGCCCUCAAGGUGGUGCUUCGUGGCCACGGGAGCCUGGUGGAUGACAAAGUCAGCCUGCUGCACUGCAACUGGAUUGCAGUCACAUCCCGAGCAGAAGAAUGGCUUAACCUGCUGCUGGCUUACCAGCAGCAGAUGAGGAAGUUGGAUGGAGAAAUUGAGGAAGUGAAUGGAUGGAUCGACGGAGCGAAUCAAAAGAUGGAUGAGAUCGAAAGCGCGGGACCAAAUGAUGCUGCGCUUAAGGUAUUGCGUGCCGAGCUGGAGCUUACGCGGGGUAAGAUGGAUGAAGUGAGGGCCUUGGCACAGGAGCUCAUGGCCACCAGGGGGGAGAACUGUCAAGCCCAUGUGGGGCCCAAAGUGAAGCUUCUGAACCAGAAGUUUGACGCCGUUGAGCAACGCAUCGCCUCUGGACCGAGAGCGGCAUCGGCCAAAGAACUGGAGCAGUAUCACAGUGAAGCUCAGAUCUGGUUGGAUCUCCUAGAGGAGGAAGUGAAACAGGGUGAAAACCUCAAGGAAGAGGACUUUCAGGAAGACAAGGACUUUGAAGAAGGUGCAGUGAAGGAGUUACUGUUGAGAGGAGAGAAAUUGCAGAAGAGAGCUCCGGAUCAGGACAAGAAAGAACAGAUCAAACAGAAGCAAAAGCGGCUAAGCAACAAAUACAACAAUGUCAAGGACCUGCGCGUGCUGAGGAACAAGAAGGCACUCGCCAUUGCACCGCAGUGGUAUCAGUACCGUAGAAGGUCACAUGACCUGCUGUCAUGGCUAGACAAUAUCCAGCGCAGCGUUGACCAGCUGCCUGACCCUCCUCAGGGGGAGAGGGUCAAGGAAAUUGGCUCAGAGAUGGCCCAGAAGAAGGAGGAGCUUAAGGAGUUGCAGGGUUUAGCCAAUCAGCUCUCAGAGGCUGGAGCCGCCACUCUAGUGGAGCCUCGGCAGAUUCAGCUCAACACUCGCUGGGCUGAGUUGGAGGGCAAGUUCUUACCCUUCCAAAGACAAUGUGAUUACCUGACAGAGCUGCAGGUGCUGCUACGUUCUGUGUCAGAGGCAGACUUCAAGCUGAACUCUCCAGAGUACUGGCCGGCCUCUUAUUACAACCUACCUCAACAAGAACACUGCCUGCAGGAAGUCAAAGUGAGCAUCGACAAACUGCGAGGUCCAGUGGAGGCUGCCUUAGCCCGUAGACAGGAAGUGGCGUCUAGAGCCCGACCAAUGGAAGCCCAGCGGAUCCAGGAAAGUGCUGCCCUCCUACGAAACAACUGUGACAAACUGAACAAGCUGCACAAAGACCGGCUAAUGCGCUGGCAGAGCUGCAACUCCAAGUGGCAAAAGUUUGUUUCGGAUCAGAGGGCGUUUGAGGAGUGGCUUCAUGAAGCUGAAGAUGCCCUCAAGAUGGCCGCAAGCGACCCAGCAGCACAAAAGCAGCACCUCAAGUACCUGACAGAAGCCAUCCCACAGCAGGAACUGGUGUUGAACCAAGUGACAUCUGCAGGCGAGGAUAUCAGCCAGAUGAGUACGCCAGACGAUGCCUCCCGCCUCCGAGUGCAGCUCCAAUUCUUAAAUACUCGCUGGGCUCACAUCUGCCAGCAGCUUAAUGAGCGCAAGAGAAGGUCAGCAGAGGCACAAGCGUCGGCAGCACAGCUGCAAGAGCGCAUGGGCUCCGUGCUGGGUUGGCUGGACAUGGCAGAGAAUGUCCUGGCCCUCCCUCUGCAACCUGCUGAGCCGCAACACCUCAGACACACAUUGGGCAAAGUACAGGCAUGUAUGGAAGAACUUCCCGGCAAGAAAGCAGUGGUGGAGGACCUGAACAUGCGACAUCGACAGAUUCCUGCUGAUAAACAAAAAGACAUCAAGAUCAUCAAUUCUCGCUUUGAAAAGGUGUCCAAGGCUCUGCCUGAGCGCGCGCUGGAGAUUGAGAUUCUGCUGCGGGACCUGGAGGGACUUCAGGGUCAGUUGGACUAUCUGUCAGGCUGGACAUCCAAAUCCAGAACCCACCUGGAGCACACUCCAGAGGAGCCCCCACCAAGUCUCAUCGAGGAAGUGCAAGUCAAGCAGCCCCAAGUUGAGUCGGUUCUUGAGCGAGCGAAUCAGUUCUACAAAGAUGUUCCUCCGAGUCAUUCAGAGAAGGUGAGGUACAUGAAGGUGCAAGAAGACUGGUUAGUCAUCAUGGAGUUGUUGCGGCAGCAUCAGGAGAGGAAAAACCUACUUGUGGCCAAGAAAGCCAAUGAAAUGCUUACUGGUAGUUUGCAGUCUGAGGCUGCAGCCCUGGCGCAGUUUAACAAGUCGUGGGCAGAACUGACUGAUUGGCUGACAAUGCUGGACAACAUGGUGCAGAACAAGCGUGUGGUGGUGGCUGACCUGGAUGACAUUAACGACAACAUUGGCCAACUGAAGACAUCUUUGAAGGAGCUAGAUCAGCGACGCCCUCUUCUGGACAGACAGAUUACUGCGGCCCAAAACCUAAAAAACAAAACCAGCAACCAGGACACACGCAACGCUAUCACUGAGCGCAUGGACCGGCUUCAGAUCCACUGGGAGGACUCUCAGGCCAAACUCUUGUCCAGAAGCAAGCAUCUACACACUAUGCUGCAGGACUCCAGCGAGUGGCUGGACUCCAAGCAGAGGGUGGACAUUCUCAUCAAGCAGGCCAGCGAGAGACUGGAGUCCUGGCAGGAGGUCACCUACACGGUGGAUGAUCUCACAAGACAGAACGCUGAACUUAAGCACUUCGCCAGCGACAUUCGACAGUGGCAGGGUCAAGUGGAUGAAACCAAUACUUUAGCUGACAAACUGCUGACACGUUAUGCCAAUGACGACACACAUAAGGUGACCCAGGUUAACGACAACAUGGUGGCCGUCUGGACACACGUCAACAAGCGUGUUUCAGACAGAGAGGCAGCUCUAGAAGCAGCCCUGAAGCUGCUGCAGCAGUUCUACCUCGACCUCGAUAAGUUCCUCAACUGGCUGACAGAGGCCGAGACGACAUGUAAUGUUUUGAUGGACGCCACCAACAAGGAGAGACUGGAGCAGCCAGAGGGAGCCCGGAAUCUUCUGGCCCAAUGGAAGGACCUGGAAAAGGAGGUGGACGGCCACACAGAGCUGUAUCAUUCCUUGGAUGACCACGGCCAGAGAAUUCUAACAUCAAUGGGGGACUCAGAAGAUGCUGCACUCCUCCACAGACGUCUGAACAACAUGAACCAGCGCUGGAAUGAUCUGCGCAGCAAGACUCUUAGCAUGAGGGCUUACUUGGACUCAGAAAUGGCACCCUGGAAGAGGCUCCACAUGUCGCUGCAGGAGCUGCUGAACUGGCUGAGGAUGAAAUCUCAGCAGCUUGAGCAGGAGCCGCCUGUAGGGGGCGACGUCCCUUCUGUCCAGACCCAGUUGGACACCCACAGGGGCUUCAGACGCGAUGUUCAAGCCAAAGAGCCUGUUGUGACCAAGGCACUGGAUGAUGUCGGAGUGUUCCUCUCUGAGUUGCCUCGAGAGCCUCUGAUGCCUGAGCAACGAGACAUCAGCCCCGAGGAGCGUGCCCAAAAUGUCGGGCGAAUCCUGCGCAAGGAAGCGGACAAUGUGAUGACCAGCUGGGAGCGGCUCAAUAACGACUCUGCUGUUUGGCUGAGGAGACUUGAGGCGGCUCUGAAGCGGCUGAUUGAACUCCAGGAGACGGCGGACCUUGUGGACGGUCAGCUAAGGCAGGCAGAGAUGGUAAAGGAGGCUUGGGAGCCGGUCGGAGAACUUCUCAUCGACUCUCUGCCAGAGCACAUAGAGAGAGUCAAGGAGUUCCAGGAAGAAAUCGCUCCUAUUUACGAGGAUGUUGUCCACAUGAACCAGUUGGCGUCCACUUUUGGUCCGCCUGAGCUCCAGCUCUCAACAAACAAUCUGGAACACAUCGAAGAUCUCAACACACGCUGGAAACUGUUGCAGGUCUCAGUUGAAGACCACUUGAAGCAGCUGAUGGAUGCACACAGAGACUUUGGCCUCCUUCACGGAUCCGUUGACAGACCCUUCGAGCAGAGGGUCUCCCCAAACAACGUACCCUACUACAUUAAAGAAGAAACUGGACCUGACCAGAUGACCAAGACACUCCACCAAACCCAGACGACAUGCUGGGACCAUCCCAAGAUGGCGGAACUCUAUCAGUCUCUGUCCGACCUGAACAAUGUUCGAUUUUCAGCCUACCGAACAGCAAUGAAACUCAGACGCCUGCAGAAGGCUUUGUGUCUGGACCUACUGAGCAUGCCAACGGCGUGCGAGGUGUUCGACCAGCAUGGCUUGAAGCAAAACGAGCAGCUGCUCGACAUCUCCCAGCUGGGAGCCUGUCUGAGCAGCCUGUACCAGCGGCUGGAGCAAAGCCACGCCCACCUGGUCAGUGUCCCACUUUGCGUUGAUAUGUGCCUCAACUGGCUGCUCAACGUCUAUGACACCGGGCGCUCUGGGAAGAUUCGCACCUUGUCAUUCAAAACUGGAAUCGUCUCCCUCUGCAAAGCUCACCUGGAGGAUAAGUACAGAUUCUUGUUCAGGCAGGUUGCGAGUGCGACCGGCUUCUGCGACCAGCGUCGUCUCGGCCUCCUUCUCCAUGAUUCCAUCCAGAUCCCGCGGCAGCUUGGCGAAGUCGCUUCAUUUGGCGGCUCCAACAUCGAGCCCUCCGUCCGUAGCUGCUUCCAGUUUGCCAACAACAAACCCGAGUUGGAGGCUGCAAUGUUCCUAGACUGGAUGCGUCUGGAGCCUCAGUCCAUGGUGUGGCUGCCCGUGCUUCACCGCGUGGCCGCCGCUGAGACAGCCAAGCACCAGGCCAAGUGCAACAUCUGUAAGGAGUGUCCCAUCAUCGGCCUCAGAUACCGCAGUCUGAAACACUUCAACUAUGACAUUUGCCAAAGCUGCUUUUUCUCUGGUCGUAUCGCCAAGGGACACAAGAUGCAGUAUCCUAUGGUGGAGUACUGCACCCCGACCACAUCAGGGGAGGACGUCAGGGACUUUGCCAAGGUGCUGAAGAACAAGUUCAGAACCAAGCGCUACUUUGCCAAACACCCACGUAUGGGAUACUUGCCGGUCCAGACCAUCCUAGAGGGCGACAACAUGGAAACUCCUGUCACACUGAUCAACUUCUGGCCAGUAGAUCAUGCGCCUGGCUCAUCCCCUCAGCUUUCGCACGACGACACGCACACACGGAUCGAGCACUACGCCAACCGGUUAGCAGAAAUGGAGAAUCGUAAUGGCUGUUAUCUGAAUGACAGUAUCUCACCCAAUGAGAGCAUUGAUGACGAGCACAUGUUGAUCCAACACUACUGCCAGUCUCUGAACCAAGGCUCUCCCCUUAGCCAGCCCCGCAGUCCGGCCCAGAUCCUUGUCUCCAUGGAAACAGAAGAGAAAGGAGAGUUGGAGCGGGUCCUCAACGACUUGGAGCAGGAAAACAGGAAGCUGCAAGCCGAGUAUGACCGUCUGAAGAAGGCCCAUGACAGAAAGGGCCUGUCCCCUCUACCUUCGCCUCCAGAAAUGCUGCCUGUGUCGCCGCAACGCGCACGAGACGCCGAGCUCAUUGCCGAGGCCAAACUGCUGCGACAGCACAAGGGGCGCCUGGAGGCUCGGAUGCAGAUCCUUGAGGAUCACAACAAACAGCUGGAGUCCCAACUGCACCGACUCAGGCAACUCCUAGAGCAGACGGAUUCCAAGGUGAACGGCACUGCUAUGUCCUCCCCUUCCACCUCGUCUCAACGCUCAGACUCUUCACUUCCUCAUCUCCGCGUGGCUGCCAGCCAGACUACUGACACAAUGGGUGAUGACGACCUGUCCACCCCUUCCCACGAUGCAUCUGGGCUGGAAGAAGUGAUGGAACAGCUCAACCACUCCUUCCCUCAUAGCCAAGGUUUGUUCUCAAACACCUGUCCCUCCUCGGGGCCCAGCAUUGGUAGUUUGUUCCACAUGGCAGACGAUCUGGGCCGCACCAUGGAGUCUUUGGUCAGCAUCAUGACAGACAAGCCAAUCGUGAACCAGGCACCGUUCUUCUGAGCUCCCCCUCCCCUCAUUUCCCCCAACCCACUGCAUGCUUUUAUAGUCUAAAGAGCUGGAUUGGCAGACACACUGAAUAUAAAAAUGUCUAUUUUUGUCUUUGUGGUGUGCAAAAGACGCGUUAAAGUAAAAAAAAAGAAAAUUCUGUAGAUUUCAGUAGUUUCUUAAACCGUCCUGAGGUUUUUAAACUUCUAUGCAAUUGUAUAAAAAUAGUUUUUUGGGAGUGGGGGGAGACAAGAAAAAAAAAGGAUACGUGUGUUUAGCGUGCAUCACUUUGUAACCAGCAAAAAUGACAUUUGUAUAAAAAAAAAAGAGAAUGAUUUUAAUAAUAAAUUUAUUAUAAUGUCUUUAUAUAACAGCGUACAAUACUGUUAAGGUAAUGCAGGCAUCCUGGAACUUUACAGUACGUUGUGUGUGUGUUCAUGUCCAUAUGCUCCUCCAUAAUAACACGUCUCCAUUAACUCGGUUGUCAUCUCAGGACGUUGUUUCCAACAUGCACGUUGUCAAAUCAUUGGAUCAUUUGAUUGCAAAUGUUUUCAAGUAAAGAGCCUUACACUGUUUGGUACACAUUGCACACUGUCAUGAAAUAUCAUUUAACUACUGGAAUAUGUCCUGGUAUACUCUGUAGUCCAGGCCAUGCUAAUCUGCAAAGGUUGUUUGUUAAAAACAUUUUAAUUUUCAUCUAAAAGGUUUCCUGAGUUCUAAAUUUUAGAUGUGAAGGGUUCAUGAUUUAUUUCUCUUAACUGUGUGUCUGCUGGGGGUGGUCACAAUAGGGUGGUUGCCAGGCAACGACCGUCCGUCAGAACCAUUAGCCAUUCUUCUUUGGGUCAAAAUUUUAGGUGUGGAGUUUCCCUAUUUAUGUCUCUACUUGGUUGAAGUUGCUGUCGUCCUGCAUACGAAUAGGCCGUUCCCCUCGCUGAUAGCAGAUCAGCUUGUUAGUGGCCACUUUUCCUGUGGAAUGAGACAAUAUUUGGAUACCUGUGAUCAAUGUUCCCUCUAAUUUUUAAUGUUUGUGAGCAAACGCACAAACUCCCUGAGCAUUCAGUGGAGCACAUGUGAGCAACAUCAGACGUGCACACUGUGGCCACACCAGCGUCACACCUGUCCCAAACCUGACAUCAUAACAAUUUAAAUGUUUUAUUAAAAUAAUUUUCUGAUAUAAGUGAUUUUGCCCUCUUACAAUGAAAAUAACAAAAAAACAUGUUUUUCUUGACCUGUCUGGCUGCGGGUCCUGCCUUUAAAAGAAAUGUCACCCCUUUCAGAGAUUACAUUUAGUUCCUUUAACUUUCUGUCUGUAAAAUACAUCUUUUCAUUAGCAUUUAUGAAAUCUAGUGACAAUAUUUCAUGAAUAAUAUCCUUAGAUUAACAUUCUUAAUAAAUGGCAGUAAAAUAAUCACACAUCUGAUUGAGGAAUCAGAGUGUUACAACCUGGCAUUUACACAUUGUUUGGCGUUGGGGUUGUCCGACUUUUUGUGUGGCCAUAAACGCAGCACUGGCUAAGUGCCAUGAGUGCGUGUGUUGGUGCAGGUGAGACAGAGCGAGCGGCUUCUGUUAAAAGGACGGAUGACAAAGUUGGUUUAAACCUGGUUUGUAUGGCAGAAAAUUACCAGUUUUUAUAGAUAAAAGUUUUUUACUCAUGUUUUUGGUGUGGUUACAAACAGUUUUGCUCAACAAAGUGAUUGAUGGAAUUCCUGUCCGUAAAGUGUCUCGACAGACGAUAAUUGAACUGUGUUGACAAAGAAUGUUUUAUUCAUUGGGGCCACUCUUGUUGUCACCUGUCACUUUUGCAUUGCAAAAUCGUACAGAAUAAAUUGUAAUGUGUUUAUUUUGUUUAAAGUUCUGAUGGGAUUUUUGAUUUUCUGCGCGGCAUUAAUUUGCUGUGCGCAGAGGACGCGUGAGCAGUGCGCAAUUGCGCAGGCCCGCACCUUAGAGGGAAUGUUGCUGUGAUCCCUCCUAUUUUACCAUACAAGAUCCCAUAUUUCGCCUUUCUUUCCCUGCGCCUUCCUGUUCCCUUAUUUCAACUUCCAUGGUGUAAAAUUACAUCAGCUUGGCAUAAGACACCCUGUAGCCCAGAGCUAUUCAACCGGUAAACCAAGGGCCGGGAAUGACACAAUCCCGGCCCCCAAGUUCAGUUCAAAACUUUCGGGGCAAACAUUUUUGCAGCAAAUUCCUAAAAACACGAGUUGUUUAUAAAGAAACUUGGACCACUGUAAACACAUUUGCAGAUCAUUGCGCUGACAUUUCACCCUUGCUCGCACACAUAAAACACCGGGGUCCAAACUUGUGAUUACACUAUUGAGGCGUUCCUCAAGGCACCCCUUUAAGUCCUCUUCUUUUUGGCGGUUACAAAUCUUUUUUGUAAUGUGAUUUAUGUAACUAAGGCGUUGCUGUAGCUUGUUUACUUCAGAUGCAGUCAGUCAUUUGUUCAACUUCUUCAGUUGUACUAGUGGUGUACCUCAAGGUUCCAUUUCCGGUCCUCUCUUUUUCAUCAUUUGUGCUAAUCAAUUGGUGGCUUGUGAGUUCAGUUCAAAAAAACUUGUGACUCACAUUUUUGCAGAAUAUUCUUAAAGCACUAGAGUGCUGUCACAGAGAUGAUCUUUGACUAGCUUUUUUGCAGAAUUUCCAUAAGAACGGCAAAGUGCUCCUGUAACUCUGACAAAAUAAACAGAUUCAAAUGAAAUGCUGGUUCGCCGCAAUAUACACAAUGAGACUAUUGAAGUCUAGCCCCUUGGUCCUUCGUUUUCUGGAAAUGAGGCCCCCAAAACAAUUUAGUUGAUUAUCCCUGCUGUAGUCUGUAAAGACACGUUUUUAAAAUAGUACAAUCACACUGUUGCACAAUAUAGUAGACAGUAAUGUAUUCCCACCAGCUCCCCGGAGCAGAAUUUCCCUUAUUUUCUGGGAAGUGUCCCUAACUCUCAAAAGCUAAUAUUGACAGGUAUGGAGAAUGUCAGGACAUUGACGAUAGGUGAUGACGUCAACCUCCAGUUUAUGUAAAUAAAUAAAUGAUAAAUGGGUUAUACUUGUAUAGCGCUUUUCUACCUUUAAGGUACUCAAAGCGCUUUGACAGUAUUUCCACAUUCACCCAUUCACACACACAUUCACACACUGAUGGCGGGAGCUGCCAUGCAAGGCGCUAACCAGCAGCCAUCAGAGGCAAAGGGUGAAGUGUCUUGCCCAAGGACACAACGGACGUGACUAGGAAGGUAGAAGGUGGGAAUUGAACCCCAGUAACCAGCAACACUCCGAUUGCUGGCACAGCCACUCUACCAACUUCGCCACGCUGUAGUGCCUUUCUAGUUUGACAUACCUUUUCAAACCAGCGGUCCUGCUUAUUCAGAAUUAGGACAUCCAAAUUUGUGCCCAGCGGUCUUUCAGCAGCCUCACCCUCAUGUGACCACCCCCGGAGAACACGCCUACCAGAGACAUAAACAGAAAGUCCCAACUCCUAAACUUUAUGCGUGAAGAAGCCUUAAACAAGGAGUGUGCGUUUGUCCCAUUUGAAGCUUUGCAGAUGACCUCCUGGAAGAUUGUUUUGUCGUUGAGGCUGCUACUGAAAUAUGACUGAUUGACGGGAAAAUGGUUUGAAGUUUCGAGCGUGCGUUGUUUCUCUACCGUUGGAAUUCCUCUGACACAGGGGUGUCCAAAGGUCUACCCGGGGCCCUUUUCAGCCCAAAGCUUGUUUUUUUAUUGGCUCCUAUAUUGUUAAAAAAAAAAAAAAAGAAGAUAAUAAACUCAAUUGAAUUCAUAAUUACUGAGAUAAAUUACCAGAAGCUACACCAUUAGGUGUUUUGUUCAUUGGAUUUCAGCAUAUUUAAUGCAAUCGGUUUGGACACCCCUGCUUUAAUGUGGCUGGAAAUCAUAAUUGUGUCUUUUGUGUGUUCAUUUUUGAGUUUUUGUGUUGUUUUCAUGUGUAUUUCCGCGUUGUUUUGAUGUGUGUGGGUUUUGCUAUGCUAGCUUGUGUGGCAAAAUGAGAUCCAAGAAAGAAGGUUGACACGCACACAGACUUUUGUGCGAUUUUAAUCAUCAUAUUCUUGCUGCAUGAAUGACAGAGCAUCAUUUUUUGCUUUCACUGAAUUACUUUUCUCGUUUCUAACUUUAUCGUGUGUCAUUCUCGCACCCUUCGUUGCAGACAACACACUAGCAUUUCAAAGCUUAUCAAACGCCACCAAAUAUAUGCCUUACUACUGUAUUAUAAAAAUGCUUUACUGUACAUCAAUAAAGCACGCAGUUAUGGUGA